AUGGCGCGCCCCCGCGGGCUCGUCGCUCUCGCGGGGGUGUGGCUCGCGGUCGUGUCGUCCGUCGCGGACGCGCAGUUCAGCCCCCCACCCCAACCCCCGCCGUCGCCGCCGCCGCCUUCGCCGAACCCGCCUUCGCCGUUCCCGCCGCCGACCCCGUCGCCCCCGCCCGCGACCGGCUUCGCGGCGACCGUGCACGUCAUCGACAACACGACGGACAACUUUGGCGUGAUACCGACGACGUCGAACUGCUGCCAGUGGUACAAGUGGUGCGAGAACACGAAUAUCGCGUACCAGUGCACGGACACGAUCGUGAGCGCGUGCCGGGCUUCGAUCGCGUCCGCGGCGUCGUGGAACGACGAGUGCAAAGCGUGCAUGAUGUGCUACGACUCGCGGGCCACGGACUGGGACGCGAGGAAGAAGUCGUGGCUGUCGAUAUACCACCCGUACCAGGCGUGCAUCGACACGACGAGGAAGGUCAUGACGCAGGCGUUCGUCGCGGACCCGCACCACAUGCGCGUCGAGCGCGAGGAGCAGACCGCGAGGGACGCCGUGAACACCGGGCAGCCGCAGUUCAUCGUGUGCGGAGAGUUAAACUACAAGUGUCUGAAGAUCAAAAAUCCGCACAAAGCCGGGACGCCGUGCGAGGUCAUCCCGGGGGUGAAAGUCCCGAACAAGUUCCAGACGAAGUUCGGCAGGAUGUACGACCAGAGCUCGAAAGACCCGAGGAAAGGGCCGCAGCGGGGACGGCUGCUCCCGGGCGCGGGUAUGGUCGUGAACGACGCGAUGCCGCAGAGCGAAGUCGUCGCGGACAUGGCGGACCGAGACCCCGCGGUGCAUCCGGGGUUCGAGUAUCCACUGGGGGUGACGAAAGGGGACGGCACCGGCGUCGCGGGGAUUUACCAGGAGCCAAAGUACGUGAACACGUCGGAUCCGCUGAAAGGGCGGGCGACCAGCACGCAGGGGGGAUAG